AAUUAUUUAAUAGAAGUAACGCGAUCUGUUAGGGUGAGGAUGAAACAAAAGAAGACAAUAAGUAAGAGUCUGUUAUUCACCGUGAUCUGUCUCUGUUGUCAUAUGUGUAUUGUAAUCGAAAGGCUUUGAUGUACCGUUAAGUCACAGAUCUUAUUAUGUUUGUUUCGUGACUGGAAGUCAUGAGUAUCAGCAACGGGAAAUUAGAAAGUCUCAUCAAUACCUUUACACCUGUUGAGUAAAUCGAAGCAUGUCUAGAUCCAGUGGCUCAGUGGAUAAUGAGUUUGAGUUUGAAAUGAAAGGUUCAGGAUUUUAGUGCUAGUCUAUAUGAAUGGUAGGUCCAGGUGACCAGUCCCAAAUAAUACGAAAUAUAUGUUCUGAAUUCAGCUGCUAGCCACAUACCAAAUGCAGUAAGAAAAUCAUUCUAAACAAAAUUUGAUAUUGAUUCUUUUCUUAUUUCGACACCUACAUGUCUUGUAGUAUAUAAUCGUAAUUUUGAUGUUCUAAAAAGCUUUAAAAGUUAUGAGCACUCUAUGAUGAUGACGGGACGCAAAAUGUUAGAGCGUUACUUUUCCGGAGAAACAAAUGAUAAGAAUCGAACAAGUAGGUAAAUGAAUUUUUGUCCGCUAAAGUUUAUGCUGAUAGUGGAUUAUUUUUAGAAAAAAGAGCAAUUGUAAGUUCAAUUCGUAUCUUUCAUUCUGCAAUACCAAACCCAUAUGUUCUGGAAACUAAAAGAGAAAGGAAUUCUCAUUUGUGUUUUGUUGAAUUGUACCUGUUUUGUGAAGUUGACUAUAUGUUGAAUAAUUCAAAUACUUGUUGUUACUUUGAAUUACACAAUCAUUUCCAUUGAUGUUAUUGUAGUAAAAAUUUGACCCUUGUAAAUGGCCUAGUUGGAAUUAUUUUUGUGAGAAUUUCUCAGAAAAACAAUAAUCCUUUAGAUGCAUUUUAGAGUGUGUUUAUUUAAAUUUUAUUCCAACCAAUAAGAUAGUCAAAUUCCUAAUGACCAAUUAGGUUAUACAAAUAGUUGCUAUAUAAACAUACUCAUCCAUCAGUAUGGUUUAUUUAAUUUUAUUGAAUAGAACUGUGGAAAUGAAGAUCUUUGCAGUUUUCGGUAUUAUGUUAACUUAUUUCUGUGCAGUAACGUUCGGAGCUGAAAGUCUUCACCGAUGUAACAAAGAUUUUGAGGCAACGAUGGAAUUUUGCUUCAGUCAGAACAUACGUUAUUCAAACAAGUUCACGGACUUAAAGAGUUUGAGAAAUGCUUGCAUGAGUGAUAGAUAUUGCAAACCUAGAGCAAAGAAUUGUCUUUUAUCUUCACUUCAAGGUUCGGCAUUCAGUAAAUGUCCUUUACAAAGAACCUAUAUAAAAUCAAUAAAUCGGAUGUUCUGAUUAACAUCUGGUCAUCUCUUAGUCUAUUAUUUGAAUUUGUAAUGUACAGAUAAAUAAAGUCUUUAUUUUAUU